ACUUUCCAGUCGUGGAAAUGGCGCUUUGCACUGUGUAAGCCUGAAGUCAGAGGGAGCAUCAGAGCACUCUACGCAUGAGUUGGACUGUGAAAAGGAGCGGAUUAUGACAGAGGAGAAAAGGAAACGGGAGAUUCGUCAAGGAAAAAACACUCGUGGCUGUGAUAAAGCCGUGAACAUCCCUGGACAGUGAACAAUGCAUGACCUAACUGCCCAAGUCACCAGCAGCCUGCUGCCUUUCCCAGGAGUGACUAUAGAUGCUCUAGGGGAGGAUGAGAUCACCCUAGACUCUGUCUUACAUGGGAAGUUCACUGUUGGCCGCAGUGGGCUGGCCUGGCUGGCCUGUGGCCCCCAUCUGGAGGUAGUCCAUGCAGUGACAGGAGAACGGCUGUCUGCGUACUGCUUCAGCGGUGGAGGUGAACACCCACCCAGUGUCCUCGCUGCCAGGGACUUCAGCUGGCUCAAACGGUCUGGAUUACUGGUUGGCUUGGAGGAAGCAGAGGGCAGUGUGCUGUGUCUUUACGACUUGGGACUGUCAAGGGUGGUUAAAGCAGUGGUUAUUCCAGGCAGAAUUACAGCAAUUGAGCCGUUAGUGAGUUAUGGUGGAGCAAGCACUUCGACCCAGCACCUUCACCAGAGUCUGCGCUGGUUCUUUGGCAUUGCCGCUGUAGUAACGGAUCUCGGUCAUGUUCUGCUUGUGGACCUCUGUCUCGAUGACUUGUCCUGCAGCCAAAGUGAACUGGAGGCUUCAGACCUGCAGGUAGUGACCAAAUCUCCAGCAGAGAUCCCCAGGCUGAGAGAAGUCAGCACCAGACAGGGCAGACAUCUUUGUCUCCAGCUGAAUGGUCCCAGUGGAGUAGGAGCCACAGCUCUGCAGUAUAUCUCCAGGACCAACCAGCUGGCAGUGGGAUUUUCAGAUGGAAACUUGCAGCUGUGGAACAUGAAGACCCUGAAGAAAGAAUACCACUCCCAGUUAGAGGGUGGCAGGGUGCCUGUGCAUGCCUUCACCUUCCAGGAGCCAGAAAAUGACCCCAGGAACUGUUGCUACCUCUGGGCUGUCCAGUCUUCUCAGGACCUUGAGGGAGAUAUGGUCAGCCUCCGCCUGCUUCAGCUGGCCUUCAGUGAAAGGAAGUGUCUAGCUUCUGGGAAGAUUCUCUAUGAGGGUCUGGAGUACUGUGAGGAACGUUACAGUCAGGAGUUGAGUGGCACAGCUUUCCCACUCAGGAUACAGGCCACAAACACCCGCCUGCUGAGUUGCCAGACCAUCGAGAAGUUCCGACCCCAUCCUGACAGGGAUGACAGCAUGAAUGAAGUUGCAUCUCCGGACACCAGUGUGUCUAUCUUCAGCUGGCAAGUCAAGGCCUACGGUCAGGGAACCCCGUCUACCUACAUCGGUGUUUUUGACAUCAACCGUUGGUACCAUGCACAGAUGCCAGACUCUUUGAGAACGGGCGAGUCUCUGCAAAAUUGUCCCUAUCUGGCAGUUUGGUCUCUGGACCCAGUAUGGCAGAUGUUGUCUCAACGCGUCCUCCUGGAUGUGGUGGUGCACGACCGCAGCCUGAGCAGGGGCCUGCCCUUCACCUGCCCCCCACCAGAACAGUACUUCAACCCCACAACAUAUAACUUUGAUGCUACCUGCUUGCUCAACUCUGGAAUUGUCCACUUAACCUGCUCUGGGUAUCAGAAAGAGACCCUGAGCUUUUUGAAGAAAGCUGCUCCUUGUUCCAGUGAUGUCAUCUCCACUAGUUACUCUCGCUGCCUCAUGUCCGGCCUACUCUCAUCUCGUCUGGCUGACACCCAGGCCUCCAGCCUCUCUCAGGAGGAGCAGCUGGAUGCCAUCUUGUCCACAGCUGUGGAGACCAGCUCCUUGGGGCUGAUCACAGGCUGUAUUAAGCAGUGGACUGCAGAAGAACAACCAGGCUCUGCACUCAACCUGCGCUACAUCCUGGAUUGGGCCUGGAACAAAGUUGUUCAGACCAAGGAGGAACUUGAUCGCAUCUGUGCACCGCUGUUUGAUAGCUCCUCCAACUUCACAGACCCUCAGACAAUGCAGCUGCUACAGCACAGUCAGAGACUGCUCAGCAACCUCAGUACCAUUUUCCACUGUCUGCUCAGUGAAGCUCAGGAGCUCACACAAAAAGGCCUGGUGGGUCUGAUGAACAAGAACAUGGUGUCCAGUCUGAUCUCCAAGUACGCUCAGGUGGUGCUUUGGUUCUGUCGCACUGGCCUGCUGCCUGAAGGAUCAGACGACGACGCUCUCCAGAUCUCCAGACCUUUCUACACUCACUCAGUCAUCAGCAACUAUUAUACUAUACGCAGAGAGGAGCUCACCAGGCUGGCUAAGGGCAAGUGGUGUGCAGACUGUUUGAUGAUUGACGGUUUGGUCGGCCAGUGUGGUGAACGCUUGACCAACCUGUGGAAGAGGGAUGACGGUGGGACAGGGCAGUACCCGCCACCUUCCCUGCAUGCCCUGUUGGACAUUUAUCUACUGGACAACAUUGAAGAAGCUACCAAACAUGCAAUUGUGAUUUACCUGUUGCUGGAUGUCAUGUACUCCUUCCCCAAUAAGGAGGGAGCAUCAGUGGAGUCUUUCCCUCCAGCUUUUGCCAUCCCUAUUGGACUGGUGAAACUAGUACAAGGCCUCUGGCUACUGGACCACCAUGACCACCAGAGUUCAUUUGAGUUGCUCCUGCAUCCAGCUGCUUCUCAGUGUCAGUUUGAGUGGCAGCAUGAGCGUGUCCUGCAAGCACUGAUGUGCCAGGGCCAACACUCAGUGGCACUACGAUACUUCCAUGUUACAAAGCCCCCCAUUGCCUCCACCUCCCAGGCCAAACUCUGCCUGUCUGUACUGCUACACAACAGGUGUCUCAUAGAGGCAUGGUCCUUACUUCGGCAGCACUCUAAUCGCCUCAAUAUGGGAGAGCUGCUGGCCUUCCUGUAUGAGAACUGCCAGGAACUGGGCCUCACCAAGGAGCUGCUCAAACUACCCCUAAGCCUCACUGAGCAGGAAUUUUUGGAGAAGUUUCUCCAGGGUACAGGGGGUCUUCAGAACAGAGAACUGCUGAUGGUUCAUUACCUUCAGCAGGCCAACUACAUUCCUGCCCUGCAGCUCAACCACAACCUCAAAAUGAACCUGGUGAAUGAGCGAGACCCGAAGCUUAAAGAACGGUCCAACACCAGGAACUCCAUAUUAGAUCAGUAUGGCAAAGUUCUGCCCAGGGUCCAGAGGAAACUGGCAAUGGAGAGAGCAAAGCCCUACCAGCAUCCCUACGGCAUUCACAGAGAAGUUUCUCGGCCACAGCCACUGUCGACCAUCACCAAACGCUCCGUCAGUGAGAAGGUGAUGUCGAGGGCUGGCUUCAUCAACAACGUCCUGACCAAGAUUGAGGAGGUGUGGUUAGGCAAAGGAGCGACACCGCAGUCCUCCCCAGCCAAGAGCCCCAGGGUAUCUGACGUUCAGAGCCCCAAGCCCUCCUCCUUGGCCCUUUCUGAUCCCUUCCUGGGAACUCCUAUCACCAUGACCUCCAAACGAAAGUCAAGGCUGAUGGACUUGGUGGUUCAGCCUUCCUGUCAGACCCCUCGCCCUAUCCUAAGCCCCCCGAGACCUCCGAGCUCCUGGGUUUCUCCAAAGAGCAUCAGCAAGGCCCCUGAACUCAGUCUGCUGCAAACACCACAGGUUGUCAAGCGAGCUCGGGCCUUGGCUGCUUCUGGCCCUGUGUUCUCAGCCUUCACUCCCCAGUCCAUCCUGCGCAGUAGUCUGAGGCCCACACCUGUCGCUACCCCAUCAGCUUCUCCCGGGCGCUCCAUCACCCCCCCACUCCGCAGCAAAGAGAGCCGCAUCACCUUCAUUGAAGAGGCAGAAUCUCCUGAACUGGAGAAGGGCAUCCGAUGGACCAACGGGAUGGCAGCAGACAGCGAGAUUAGCUUGCUGACCAGAGGCUCCACACUAUCUAAGGCCACACAUAAGACCUGGUCCUCACAGCCUGCCAAGGAAGAAGAGGCUGGAGAGGAGGAAGAGGAACAACCUCAUGUGAAGUUCUUGCCUCCAGAAGGUGGCAUUCCCUCCCCACAGCUGAGAUGCUUUGAGAGCGAGUCAUCUUCCAUUCAUGAAGUUGUUGCAGAAACCAGACCAUCAGAAUCAACACAAGCACAGCUCAGCCUUAGCUUUGACACCAGCAAGACAUCUGUCCGCUCAACAGACACCACUCUGGAGUUCUAUGAUGCACCUCUCCCUGAUCCCUCAGAGGACCAGGAAGCAGAGGAAGGGCAUCCAGCUGCAGAGGAAGACGUAGUGACAGUGAACCUCAAAGACCGAACUGAAAAUCAAGAAUCAGAGGAAAUGCCCUCACCAACCACUGAGCAAACUCCUCUUCUGAAAUCAGAGGAUACAGAGAGGGAAGAAGAGGAGGCGAAGGGAGGUGAAACAUUCGAGGACGAGAUGGAGAUGGGUCUUGAAGACGACGUUCAAAAAGAGGAAGACGUUCAGUCUAAAGAGGAGGAUGAACAAGAUGUUCAGUCAAGUAACGAACAUGAAGAUGCUGCAACUCUUCUUCUUCAGGAGAUAUCUAGUCACAAUCAAGUUUGUAACCAGGUAACUGAGAGCAUAGACUCUGGCGCUGAGGUUGGAUCUCCAGAGCCAUCGAUGGGACAGGACGUCCUGACGGAGGCCACUGAAACCACAGAGUUCACUGAAUAUAUGGAACCAUCUGCAGCCACUGGACCCGCAGAUGAACCUGCAUGUUCAGCAGAAGAGGAGCUGGAGCAAGCAACAGAUCUGACAGAGUUUGUGCAGAGACAUCUGUUUGGCGAUCUAUCCCCUCCGCUCACUCGCUCAGGAAUCCACGACGCAUCACAGGCCCAGACAUCCUUCACCAGUGAGUCAACAGGUGAGGCUGAAGAGGAGGUGCAAGCAGCUGCUGAAGCUCCUCCAGCUUUCACCAGCCAGAAAUCUACUACCUCUGUGACAUCAUCCGAGCCGACUGGCACAGACUCUCACUCUGUUGUGAGUGUUAACGAUAGUGAAGAGCUUUCCAGCCCUGUGUCUGAGGAGGAAGAUGAAGAGGAGGAGGAGUCUGAGGAAGAAGAGGAGCAGGAGGAAGAGGCGGAGGAGGAGGAGGAGGACUCUGGGAGUGAAGUGGAGAUCAUUGAGGAGGUCCAGGGUAAUGGCAGGCUGCCACCCCUCCAGCCCAGUUCAGUCUUUGUACAGCCAGGACACACACACUUCCUGCCAAGUCUGUCAGAGCAAGAGGCUGCAGAGUUCUCACUGAUCACACCUGGUACAGAGAUGAAGAUGGUAGAGGAGUACAUGGAGGGUGAGGUGGUGAUGGUGAGACUCGGGGGAGAUGAAGGAGGGAUGGAGGUAGAUGAGGAUAAAGAGCAAGGCUCAUCAUACAUGGAGCUAAAACCCUCUACCACUCUCCUGGUUCCCCUGGAGCUUGUAGAGGGGCAGGGCGGCCUGGUUGACAGUUCUCAGCUGGAUCUUUCUGAGCUUCAACAAACCGUUGUCCCAGAUGACCCGAGGUCCGAAACUCACAGCAGCUUCUCUCUGAUGCUCGACGUGGACGAGGAUGUGGAUCAAGAUGCAGACACACUCCCUAUGGAGAAUGAUCUGCAGUCCUCUGACCCUCCCACCCUGUCUCCAGCUUUUGAGGCUGUUGAUGAACUCGUGGCCAAACCCGAAGUUAUUAUUUUUGGUAAAGAUGAUGAUGAUCCUCUUCUGUCUGAAAAAGUGUCAGCAGAAGAAGACCAGAGGAAAGAGAUGGACACCUUGGAUGGAAUUGAGAUAAAUGGGCCAUCAGAACAUGUAACAUUUGCUGACCUUCAAACUGAAAACGCCAAAGUAAACAAUGAGACAGAAGAUGCUGAAGAACAGAGUGGUGCAGAGUUGGUUGAAGAACAUGAACCUGCUGUUGUUUCAGUCUCUGAGCCACCUCUAUCGGGAGACCGCCCAGCUGUAAUGCUGGCUGAAGAUCAAGAUUCUAAAGCUCUUUUGCCAUCUGAACAAAGUCCAGUUGGAGAAGUUCCAACUGUAAUGGUAUUUGAAGAUCAUGAACCAGAAGUUCUUUCACUGUCUGAACAAAGUCCAGUUGGAGAAGUCCCAUUAGUAUUGUUAGAUGAAGAUCAUGAACCUGAAGUUCUUUCACUGUCUGGACAAAGUCCAGUUGGAGAAGUCCCAGCUGUAAUGGUGUUUGAAGACCAAGAACUUGAAAGUCUCACAGCCUCUGGAUCAACUCCAGUGGAAGAACUCCCAUCAGGUGUGGAUGAGAAAAACCCUGCAACAGAAAAGGAUUCUGCUGAGGGUGAGAAACCAACACUUGCUGUGGAGGAGGUUGUAGAGGAGGACAAACAAGCAUCUGCUGAUGAGGUUGUAGAGGAGCAAAAACCAACAUCUGCUGAGGAGAAGAUGGUAGAGGAGGACAAACCAACAUCUGUUGAGGAGAAGAUGCUAGAGGAGGACAAACCAACAUCUGUAGAGGAGAAGAUGCUAGAGGAGGACAAACCAACAUCUGCUGAGGAGAAGAUGGUAGAGGAGGACAAACCAACAUCUGUAGAGGACAAACCAACAUCUGCUGAGGAGAAGAUGGUAAAGGAGGACAAACAAACAUCUGCUGAGGAGGACAAACAAGCAUUUGCUGAGGAGGAGAUGGUAGAGGAGGACAAACAAACACCUGCUGAGGACCAGGAAGAGCCAGAAGAAAAUGGGCCUAUCAGUGUGGACACAGAGCUAGCCCUCAGCUCAGAGACAGCUACUUUUGUGGAGGAGAAGCAGCAGGACCACAAAGCCUUACCAGAGACAGAAGAGAAUAAUGGGAAAGACAUUAAGACAGAAACAAAAAGACCAAGGGGAAGACCAAGAAAAUGUGUUCCAAAUAACCAGCCAGGAGAACAGACUGUGCCAGACACCCCCACUUCUCAGAAGAAAAAUAAAACUCCUUCAACCCCAACACGGAGGACCACAAGAGGGAAGAUGGUAACCUUCAUUUCUCCCCUCCCAGAGGAAGCAGAGGAGACAAAUGAGGAGGCAGAAAGGAGCACUCUGCUCCCUGUUUCUCCUAGUCGUACACCUAGAAAAAGUAAACUGAGCAAAGAAACUAAAGUCCAAGCUAGCACACCUCGAAGAAGUACUCGCAAAGCUCAACCAGAGCCUCUUAAAGACGAGGUUGAAGAACGGGAUGCCAUGGAUAAUGACACCACAGUUGCAGCAGGCUCCAAAGCCUCUUCUCCAGCCAGACGGCGGGUUUCCCAGAGGGCCACCUCAACAAGGACCAGCCAGAGUGAAAGUGAGGAGGAACAAGAGGUUGAUUUCACUGAUACAAAAGUGUCUGGACGAACAAGCUCCAAGACUCCAACACCAGCCAAACGCAGGACCACUCAGGGAAACACUCCGAGGAGGUCAAGCAGAAGGAUUCAGAGUAGCAGUGAGGUGGUGUCAACAGCAUUAGAGAUCUUAGAAGAAGAGAAGGAGCAGGUGGAGGUCUUUGCAUCCCCCGUCAAGCGCAACUUGAGAAAAAGUAGGACAGAAUCAUCAGAGGCUCAGCCGGUCUUGUUUGAGGUGGAGGAGGAAGAGGUCAAGCCACCUCCCAGCCCCAGCAGGAUGACUCGACAGCCCAACCGGAAUACCCUCAAUGUUUAUCCACAAGUGAAACUGAUUCCUGUAUCACUUCCUCAGAGUGCAAGGAAGAAGAGAGGUGAGUCUAUGACUGAAAAUAUAAAAGAAAGUGGAGUUCUCCUUGAACCUGAGCUUAACAGCAACGCUGCUCGCACAAACUCCCAUCGACCAACUCGAAGCAAACUCUGGGAUCACCCUGAGGAAGACCUUCCCUUACUGGACUCACCGCUGGAGGUGGAUUCUGAAACCCCUGUUGCAGAUGCCCUCAUUAAGAGACUUCAGGACGAGGAAGAGAAGCAGGAAGGAGGAGUAGUCGUCACAAAGAUGGUAAGAACCAGCAAGAGCAGUACAAAGUCCUCAAUCCCCGAACCUGAAGAGGAAGAGUCUAGUCUAGGCGAGCAUUCAUUCAUCUACUCCCCCUCACGAAGAAGAACAAGAGCUUCAAGAUCAGAGUCCCCUGGCCCGAGUGAAGCAGCACCCGUCACUCGCAGCAGGAGAAGAGAGGUCAAAGACAACUCUGAAGCUCCUCAUGAUGAAAUCCCUUCAGAAGAAGAUCCCUUGGAAGUUUCUAAGACCAGAAAAGGAGGCAAGCGAACAACCAAAUCCAGAGCAGUUUUGGAGCCGCCUCCCAUUGCAGAGGUGGAUCUGAUCUCGCCUCUGCCGAGCCCAGCUGAUCCAGCCCCACGAGCACUGAAGAGGAUUAAGGAGGCAGAUGCCCCGACGUCGAGCAUGAACCUUCGACGCAAACGCAUAAUGGACACUGUUUACACAAAACCUGUCACACGGAGGAAGAAAUUUUAAGGAGGUUGGUGGUGGUUUUUAUCCACUCAACCCCAGACGGCUACCAGAAGAUUUUAAUUAACUCAGUCAGAAGCUGUCAAAUAAAAGCGUAUGCCUAAACUCAUGAUGGUUCUAUUUUCUCAAAUGCCUCACAGCGCUGCGUUGUCUAUGUAUUUACUUCUCUGUAGGACAAUAUAAUAAAAGCAUGAAAAUCUAUUUUUGGGACAAAACACACUGGUGGAUUGCAGUGUGAGAGAGGCAUAUAUUUUUGGAGUUUCCACAUCCUGCUCAUACUAACUUGAUCUCACUUGAUAUUGUGUCUGUGGCCAUUUUGUCUUGGACGUUGGACGCUCUUCGUAAUGGUUAAUUCUCUGGGCACAGAAUUGCACAAGGGAAAGCAAUCAGUGUGAGCUUUUAGAGGCUCGCAAUACUAAAACCAGACUGAACAGAACCUGCCUCUGAUAAAGAGGUUUUAUUCACAUUCUUUUAUUUUUUCUUUUCUUUUAGUUUUGUUUUUUUUCCUGUCUUUGUUUACUUUUUAGAUUUCAAGGCCUGCUGUUUUUUCUAUUUAAGAAGAAAAGCAACCAAUUCAGUGGAGACAAAAUAUUUCUACUGAUCAAUGUGUAUAUAGACUUUUGCUAUUUCCAAAUAAAGUUAAUAAAUAAAAUCUAAAGGAUUACGUUCAUUUUGAAGUUUUAAGUGUCUUGAAUGCAUUUGAUCAUCUAAUCAGACUGCCUAUGCCAUAGUCUUAAAAAAUGUAGGUAAAUUUGGGGGAUUUUCUAUGAUCGAGGCACAGACUUGUACACUAAUGCCAUCAGAUUUUGACUGUUUCUGUAUGUCAUGGGGAUCUUGUACAGUGAAAGAAACAAAAAAACUUGCACAGUGGUUUGGAGUUGUUAAAAUUGCUUUGGGACAUGUUAAUAGGCUUGAUAAAAAAUUUAUGGCAACCACCAUCUGACACAGGCUAUUUUCUGAUGAAUGUAUUGUAUGUAGAAUGUCUUAUUUUUGAUGACUGCUCUUUGAUAAAUAUGGUAAAGCUUGAAAACGUCUCUA